AUGGCUACUAGCACUGGGAACAUGUCGGAGGCAUACCAGAGUGGAUUGUCCUUGACUUGUAACUCAGGGGAUGUGGAUGAGAGCAGCCAGACGCCAAGUUUUCCACUCCCACGCCAGGGGCAGCUUAGCACACAGCUGAUAGCAUGCCAGCUGGAUUUUCCGCUUAGCGAUUCUGGGCUCCGCUGCCGAAUCUUCUACAGCGCUUAUCAGUGGUGCGGAACCGCAAGAAUCGCAGAUUCGCAGCUUCUAAGUCGCAGCCCCUGGAAGGUUCAUCAAGGGUCUUAA